UGUGGCGGCAAUAUAAACCGGAAGUUCCAAUGGGAAACUGACUGCGAAGGCACUCAUAACAAAUUAUGGCUUUACAUGCCUUUAGCAGAUGCAGUGGAAUUUUUCGAAGUGUUGUCAGUGGUACAAUAAGGGCACCAGUUUGCAAAGCAUGGUAUGGGACAAUUGAAGAUAAUGGACCUAAGAAAGGGCAGCUUCCCCCACCUCGACCUGGCUCGUCAUUCAUGUUGUUUUAUAUGGACAGUAUUCCAGAAAUAAAACUGAAAAACCCAGGACAAACUAAGAUAGGAGUUUGGUCCAAACAAGCAGGUGAAAUGUGGCGUAAUCUACCAAAUGAAGAAAGACAGAUAUAUGCAGAAAAAAGUAAACUUGCCUGGGACAGUUACCAUGAUCAGAUAAAGAAAUACACUGAAGGACUGACCCCUGAUCAGCUGCAGGAAAUGCAAGAAGAGAAAUGGAAACUGCAAGAAGGAAAGAAGAUUAGAAAGGCAUAUGAGGUUGCGUUAUCAAAACAUCGUAUGCCAAGGAAACCCAAGAUUCCAUUGUGGACAUAUGGUGAAACUGUGAAAAGAGAAGACGAAAACUUUGUGGAGAUGGGAGCAAAAGUGAGAGCAGGAUGGAAACAGUUACCUGAUUUAGAAAAAGAGGUUUUUAUUACGGAUUAUGAAAGUAAGAUGGAACAAUGGAAGGAAGAUUAUGGAAUUUGGGUACAAGAAAUGUUAGCAGAUGGCUACUCGGAAUUCAUUACUCCUUCUGAGCUGAAGCAGGAGCUACGAAGACUUGGAAAGCCAAAGCGCCCUUUAACGUCCUACAUGUUAUAUCAAAGAGCAUGUCAGAUGGAGCGAGGCAACAUGUCCUUUACAGCGUUUGCCAAAGAGAUGGGUUCUCGCUGGCAACAAAUGACUGAUAAAGAAAAAGAGGUUUUCUUUGCAGAAGCAAAAAUAGAAAAGGACAAUUACAUCAAGGACAUGUCACAAUGGAGAGAAGGCCUGACUGCACAGCAAGUUAAAUUCACAGAAAUGGCUGAAAAGAUAAUAAAUGGUACUCUCGAAAAAGAACUGAAGUUAGCAGAAAAAAAUAAAGCUAAGCAAACAGAAAUAGAGAAGAGGGCCAAAGAGAGGUUAGCCAAACAAAAGGAAAAGCAGAAGUUAGGCAUACAAAAGGCCAAACAGAGGUUAGCCAAACAAAAAGAAAAAAUUAAGUUAGCCAAACAAAGCGAAAAACAGAAGUUAGGCAUACAAAAGGAAAAAGAGGAAUGAGCAAAACAAUUGAUAUGUUGUGAUCAAGAUUUGAUGAAGUGUUCUUGUUGAUCAAGAAUAUAGGAUUAUGGCAACAGUAGGGGACACCCGUGCAAACACGGACACUUUUCAAAUGAUGAUUGCUAAUACACGCUCUUUGGUACAAUUAAUCAGCAUGCUGUGUGCGAUCUAUCAUAGAUGUCGUCUAUGAACAUAUUUAGUUAGAAUGAAGGUCCCUUUCUGUUGCUAUUUUUAGUUAUGCUUUUAAUUGGUUGGUAAAAUGAACACUUAAAUAUAAACCAAAACACGGAAUAUAUAGGAAUCGGUUGUGAUACGGACACAUGUAGGGUAAUUACGGACACGUGUAGAGUAAUCACAGACACGUGUAGGGUAAUUACGGACACAUGUAGGGUAAUUACAGACACGUGUAGGGUAAUUCGGACACGUGUAGGGUAAUUACGGACACGGGUAGGGUAAAUACAGACAUGUAUAGGGUAAUUACAGACACGUGUAGGGUAAUUACAGACAUGUAUAGGGUAAUUACAGACACGUGUAGGGUAAUUACAGACACGUGUAGGGUAAUUACGGACACCUGUAGGGUAAUUACGGACAUGCUACUCUAAUCAUGCACUCACCCAAUCAUACCAUAGAAACUGGUCACAAUGUUCCACCAGGGGUUGCUACAUGUUCAGCUCCCAGUUCAUGUUUUUAUCCUGUAGGCAUACAACAUACCAGGCAGUUUGUAAUUAUAACUUACCAUUCCUAUAGAGCCCUGGCAUGCUGCUGUUUGGUUUUAUGAUAUUGGGGAGCCCAUAAUGUACAUUUAACAGCCUAUUAAGGUGUAAAAUUGUGUUAAUUCUGAAAUCAGUUGUUUGCUUGUUUGUGGGAGAAAAAACAGAUGAGGGGAGAAGCAAAGGGAAAAAAACAGAAAACGUCCAGAAAAUAAUGAAUCCCGUAUCAAUUCCUUUCAUGAAAUACAGUCUUUUAAGAAAUUAGCAUACUGUUAUUAAAGUUAACUGGUAUAGAACCAAAACGUAACGAUAUCAAAUAAGAUGCAGUCUAAUAUUUCUGUGAAUUAGUAUUUCAUUUUAUUAUCUCAUUUUCUCUUAUUAUAUUAUCAUAAUUUCUUUUAUGAUAUGUCAUUUUAUAUAAGCUCAUAGAAUAACAAAAGAAAGCCGAUAUGUCCUAUCAGCUAUGGUUCAUGUAGCCUUUUGUAAGAACCACCUAAAUAUUAAUCAAUCAUUAAAGAACUUUCCGUAUUGACCCGCGUAAUAAAAGUCUGGUAGAAAUUACGGAUGCCUCAGACACAACAGUUCUUCCUCAAGUUUUUAUAAUGAUAAACUACUGCAAUCUAAGUAAAAUAUAUGUAACAUCAUUAAGAGUACAAUAUCAAGUAUAUGUAUUUGGUUUUCGUGAAGAUAAUUGUAGCAUAACUGUUGUCUCGAAUCCUGGCUUAUUUUUUGGACAUCGCUUCCGGAAAUCAAGUUUCUGUACGUCCCGCAAAGGUAAUCGCAUGACGACGAAUAUUAUUAGGCACGCCAUUGCUAUUUUUAAACUUUGGGAUAUUUUGGUUACUGUCCACAAAUGAAAACAAACAUCCAUACCAGUAGAUUGAUCUAUGUCUAGCAUGAACAGAGUUUGAUUUAAUUACAUGUAAGGGAUUAUGUUUGCCUGCCUGUCCGUAUUUACCCGGAUGUCCCCUACUGUACUGUACAAAAUAGUUGCAAGAGAAGACAUAUUACCAUUCUUCUGUUGAGAUUCAAGUAACCUUUGUACAAGACUUAUUUGGCACUGAUAGUUGAGUCAGGAAAUAUUUCAAUUGUAUGUUUUACAAAAUGAAAUCUGAUCCCUUUUUGAGAUCUGAGAUUAAUUGUGUUAACAGAAUUAUAUAUCUGUUUAGAGUUCAUCAUGGGAAUAAGUCUGGGUAGAUGAUGAGCCUUCACACUUACUGAUGGGUAACGUCAAUGAAGAAAUAUUUUUGGUUUAGGGUCACUCCAUCUGCCCUCAAUUUUUACUCCUGACCAUUAAAGUUUUAUGCCCAGAUUUGUGCUCGAUGGACACAUUGUACUUUUUUUGAAAAAUAAAAAUAAAAGCUUACCAACUUGAUCACAAGUUAUUAUUUUGAAACCAUGGAAACAAAAAAAAUGUCUCAGGUCAUCUGAAAUAUAGUAAAAAGUCUCACAUUUUCUAUCUUUCAUUAUAAUCAUUUAUAUCUUAUAUUGAAGAGAAAGGAUCUGGACACCCAUAAAUAAUUUAAUGGUAUUCAGUUAUUUCACUUAGUUUUUGAGUCUUUGUCUCUUGUACAUGUAUAUAAUGUUAUACUGUAUAUCUCAAAAGAAAGCCUGUUUUGUAAUGUUUAAUGAUCAUAAGUCUACAAUGUUUUUAAAUAAACAAAUUACAAAUUCAGGUGUUGUUGUUUGAGUUUCAGAUUAAAUGUAAGUUUUGUUUGUUUGUGUAUUAGGUCCUAUUGGCUCAUUCCCCGAAUACCAACUCUGGAAAAUUCAAAGGACGGUGUUUAU